GGAAAACAUCGGACUUGGAUGAGAAUUCGAGGAAGAUGGCAGACAACCCCUCUGCACCGUGCUUUGGUGAUUUCGUCUUCAAUCCGGCCCGCAGCCCCUUCAAGCCUUCGCGGCCCAAGCCGCUGCGUCCAAGAGGGGCAGCGGAGAAGAGGAGACCGGCUGGAGGUCAGAGUGCAAGCAGCGCGCCAGAUGCAGCACGCGGCUUUGCAGGAGAGAGGGGGAGGGCGGCCGCUGGGAGUGCGGCAGCUCCAUCUAUGUCACAAGAGGACCCGAUUGAGGAGGUCGGCAACGGGGAGCCCAGCGAUGAUCCGAUCGAUGACGCCACGCAGACUCAUCGCCCGUCGGAGCCUGUGCACUUGUCUUCGCGGCAGAUGCGUCAGCUCUUCUAUGCGCCACUGAGAGCCCGUCCACCACGGGCACCAGUGCCUGCCCCUCGUCCCUCUGAUGCCGACAACCAGGGCGACACUGUGUCGACAUCUCAUCGUCACUCGGCCCCCUCUGUGCAGCCGCCCAUCCAUCACCCGUCCCCUCCCAUGCGGCCUGUCCCUCGCCCACGCCCUCCCCAAGCCCACCGCCCUCCCUCUGCCCCCUCGCAGAGCUCGGCGGGCCCAUCGCAGCCACGUGACUCACGCCCAGAGGUGGAUGACCAGACUCCUGCUAGCGGUCAUCUGCCAUUCGCCCAGCGGUCUCACUCGAUGCGGCCGCCCCCGAUUCACCGCUCCCAAUCGCCCGUCCAUGAGGCGGGGGGGCUCGCUCGCGGCGUGUCGGCUCCUGACGUGUGGCAUGAUGAGGAGGGCAUGGACAUGAAUCUUGAGGGCGAUUGGGAGGGUGGUGGCUAUGACGGGCUGCGUGAGGACAUCCGGUGCCCCGUGUGCUUCGGCCCCUGCAUCGAGCGGGCAGGGAGGUAUGGGAUCUUCUACCCAUGCGCCAGGCCCACGUGUGACGGCAAGGGCAGGGAGCCCAAGGCCGACAAAGGGCCGCGGGUCAUCCUCGAGAUGGAGGACGCAUCGCACUUCCGCGUGUACCCCGACACUUCGGGCGAGAGCCUCCUCGGUGACCAGCUGGGGGCUAUAGUAAAAGGGCUGUCACAGUGGGGCGUGAGGUGGACGAGUGACGGGCAGCGGGGCGACUGGGUCAAGGGUGGCGAGGAGCCGAGGCGUAGCUUCGUGUACCCCCUGAGGCUGUACACACGUGUGUAUGAGACGCUGAAGCAGAGGGUGGACGUGGCCGCCAUCCCCAAGCACACGCUGCAGUACUUCACACUCCACCAUGGCCGACUCAUGACCGAAGAGGUCAGCCAAACACACACACGUGGACAAACUUACGAAUGCAGUGUGCUGUGGUGUGGUGUGUUGCUGUGUCGUGGGUUGCGUCAGGCGGCUGCGGCGUAUGUGGAUGAGCGGCUGUCUGCCCGGCUGAAAAGCACGCUGCACCCAUUCCAGAAGGAGGGGCUCAAGUACGCCGUCCGGCGAGACGGACGGGUGCUCAUAGGCGACGAAAUGGGACUCGGUGGGGGACAGAGACAGACAGACAGACAGACAGGCAGACGACACGACCCUCCCACCCACCCAAUCUGCCAUUUAUGUGUAUCUUCCUUCCAUCUCGCAGGCAAGACUCUCCAGGCCAUCUCACUGCUGCAGGUCUUCCAGGCCUACCCAUGCCUCAUCGUGGUCAGUGGAUACAAAGGGGAGGCUCGCCCAGUCUGUCUGUCUGUCUGUCUGGCUCUUCACGCAUAUCUGUGUGUGCGUGUUGUCAGGCGCCGGCGUCAAUGCGUCACGUGUGGGCUGACGAGCUGGAGCGUUGGCUGCCCGACGAGCUCGUUCCCCGGGACCUGCUCGUCGUCAUGGGGCAGGACAACGCCGCUGACUGCAAAAUGGGGUCUUACAGGGUAGGCCACACACACACACACUUGCGGCCGGCCAUAUUUGUGUGUGUCUAUACGGUGUGUUGGUGGGGGUGGUGUUAGGUUGUCGUGACUUCAUAUGACAUGGCCCGCAAUCUCGAGGAGCGGUACAGCAGCGCCAUCUCGGAACGGACUGAAAAGUUCCAAAUGGUCAUCAUGGUCAGUCAGAGCCCCGAGCCGCCGCAAACCGACCUUCUCUCCCACCAAGAUGUGUGAUUGUUUGUGGUUGUCAGGAUGAGAGCCACCGUGUGCGGAUUCCCGACCAGGUUGGGCAGGAGCCAAGCUUCGUCAAAGUCUGCAAAAGGCUUCUCUGGAAGUCGUCAUGCAAACGGUACUCACUGUGAGUACUCGUUGUGCUGAUCAGAUAACUCUCUUGAUGUGCCUGCCGUGUUUAUCUGUCUGUCUGCAGGGCGGUGUGUCUGUCUGGAACGCCCAGUGUCACCAAGCCGUAUUCCAUCUACGCGUAAGCAGAGCAGACAGACAGACAGACUGGCAUCCCACCCACCGAUGGAUUGAUUCAUAUCCACACAUCCAAGUCUCUGUUGGAACCGGCAGGCAGGUGUGUUCUCUCAACAACAACGUCUUCGCCAGCCAGGGAGGCGCACAAGGAUUCGGACGUAAAAAGGGGAGGACACCACACAGAAAACAAAGGAAAGAAAAGGCACCCAGGUGACGUGCUCCCUGUCGGUCGGUCGGUGUUGUGUGUGUGCAGGUCUGUAUUGCGAGGCGUCCCGUCGCUUCGGUAACCACAAGCGUUACGGGCGGUGCAUCCGGCCAUGGGAGCUCAACCUGCUGCUGCGCGAGGGGGUCAUGAUUCGCCGACUCAAAUGCGACGUGCUCACCGAGCUCACACCAUUCACCAGACAAAUCGUCCGAGUCGGUCGGUAGCCAGCCCAACAACACAUCUCAUCUCAUCUCACCUCGCCCCGCCUCGCCCAUAUCCUUUUCCCCUCCUCUCUCUGUAGGUCUUGACGGCGACACUCUCGAGGCGAUGGCCGCCAGCCAGCACGACGAACACGGCACCGAUGCCGCCAACAUAGACAGAGACAUAGAGGAGGGAGAGCACCAGGAUGUAGAGGGGAAGGGGCACCAUGACGAGGACCAUGCAGCUCAGCAGGAAGAGAAGGAUGGGUGGUCGGGCGACGAGGAGGUGUGCCUGGGCGGCGUCGACGAGGGCCCUGCUGCACGGAGGCGGCGUGAGGAGGCGGCCAAGAGAGAGGAGCAACCGCAGAAACCGAAACGCAAAGAAGACAAGGUGACGUGACCAAAGGGCCGGGUUGGCUUCGUGAAUGGAAUGUGUGUGCAUCCCAUCCAUCGAUGCAUCUGUGGGUGUGUGCCUUGCGUUGCAGGUGUGGUACAACAGUCGGAGCGUGGAGGACGUGUUGUUAGAGGUCAAGACCGACUGGGAGCGUGUGGGCAUCGCCAAGCUGAGUGCGGCGGUCGACUGGACAGAGGACAAGCUCCGCAACAGCGACGACGGCAUCAAGUUUGUCAUCUUCGCACACCACCUACACAUACUCGACAAACUGAGUGUGAGCCAACACACACGGGCCGACGGAGGGAGGGAUAGCCAAGUAAGUGCAUGUGUGAUGCUGUUUGUCGGUCGACAGUGUUUGCUGCGGAGGGUGUUGGAUCGCCUCAAGAGCGAAGAGGGGCCGGUGCAGAUGAUACGCAUUCAGGCGAGAGAGAUACAUACCUACCUAAAGCCAUUAAAGCCAUGCCAUGCACUGUCUAACACACUUCUUCACUUCACUCACCGUGUCUGACUGUGGUGUGGUGUGUGCAGGGUUCCACUUUGUCAGAGGAUCGGUUCAAGCUCCUCGACGACUUCAAGCGCAGACCCAACGUGAGGCUGGCACUCAUCUCAAUCGGAGCCGGCAACGAAGGGGUCAGUGAGUGACCACACCGCACCGCACCGCACCACACAUAUAUAUUACAAUCCAACCAUGCCCUGCCCUCUCUCCCUCUCUCCCUCUCUGUGUGUGUCAAUCAGAUUGACCUGUCGGCUGCCUCAGUGGGCAUCUUUGUGGAGCUGCCCGAUGACUCCCACGUGCUGGGCCAGGCAGAGGGCCGGCUGCACCGCCGUGGUCAGAAGCGCAACGUCAACAUCUACUACCUCAUGGCUGGCGAGGUCGAUCCCACGGUCGAGUCGCUGGACACCAAGGCGGGGCUGAGCAAAAAGGCCAGCAAGCGGGGCACCGGCAAGCGGCGUAGGGGCGAUGCGAGUAGGGAUGAUGAGGGGGACCGGCUGUCACUGGAGGUCGACCGCUUGUCAUUCAGAUUUCAGAAUAUGGACAUAGUGUAAGCCAGGCAUCAACACACACACACACACACACACACACAGAGAUGGUUCAAAAAGGAAUGGAUUGUGUGUGGGGCUGUGCCCUUCAGCCGUUGGCAAACGUUUGGGCAGAGCAUCGACGACGUGUCAGCCGCGGUGGACGGCCCCGAACGGCACUUCGACGGGCUGAAGGCGCAAGCGCCCGACCAGCCCGACCAGCCUGACGUGCCAGAGCAAGAGCAGCAAACCGAGGACACCAACGCCGCACCCAAGGAGGAGGAGGAGGAGGAGGAGGAGAAGGCAUCAGCAGCAGCGGCGGCCCAACCAGCACCAGCCCCAGCUGCAGCAGCCUCUUCUGAUGUGGCCAAGGACAGCAAGGGUGAUGAUGACGAGACUGAGGAAGACGUGCGCAAGCACUAUUUCGAGAUCUCCCCACACACAGGUCGGGUCGGUCAGGCAGACGGCUCAGCCAGCCAACACAUGGCCGGCCACCUGCUAACACAGUGCUGCUGUGUGGUCCCUCCCUGCAGGUCGUGUCCACGUGUUUGGUUCGCCCGACGAGUCUGACGCCAUCGGCCUCAACUUCACCCGGGCUGAGCUGCAGCCGGAUCGGGCUAACAUGGGUCAGUCAGUCAGAUAUUUGCGGCAGAUGGAUGCUACCAUGAUUACGCUCCAUCAGCUGCGUGUGAUGUGAUGUGUGUGCAGAGUGCACCAAGGCGGUGCAGCGUGAGGCAAUCCAGUUCGUCAAGGAAUACGAGGAGCUUCGGCCGGGCGAGCGACGACUCCUCAAGUGAGUGAGGCACUCACUAGCUAGCCACACACGAGACGAGACGCGCCAAUGGUCGAGCCCUUUGUUUGCCUGGAUGGAUGGCACAGGUACGUCCCUGCGUGUCUUCCCCUGCGUGAGUUUGUGGAUGAUCUCAAGGAGGAGGGCGCGUCGUCGCAGGCACGGUCGCCAACGAGCGGCAGCACCAACCGAUUCAAAUCCAGGUAGAUACCUAUGUGUGGAUGGUAUGCACUUAGCUAAUAACGAGUGAGUAACCACACACAUACACGCUUACAACGCAGGAUGGAGCUGGACAAGGAGAUGCCCGAGGGAGCCCACCGCGUGCUGUCGGAGGUGUACCUGCCCAACAGGAAGCGCACCGUCCACUACAUCCAGGGCCGAUUCCCCGACGGCACCUACCUCUGCGUGUCCUGCCACGGGCCGCUACCCUCUCAACGCAACAAGCCCCCCCAGCCCCCCCAGCCCCCCCAGGCAGCCCCCGCUGCGGCAGCAGCUGCUGCUGCUGCAGAUGACGGUGGCCCUGCGCCGAUGGAUGUUGACGAGGAGGCAUCGCAGCCUCCCGAGCAGAGGCAUCGUGAUGAGGGCUGGGAGGAGGUCCGUCAGUGCAGUGAGGCGGACCUCUUCUGUUGCGGGGAGUGCCGCGCUUCUUACUUCAUCAAGAGGAGCCACUUCAGCCUCAGGAAACAGGUAAGUACGGAUGAACAGACAGACAGACACCGCGAGUGACUGUCUGUCUGUCUGUCUGGGUGACUUGACUUUGUUUAAAUGUCAGUUGUUUGAGCUUGAGAAGGGCGUUUGCAACCACUGCAUGCUCGACUGCCACUCCUUGGUGGUCGACCUCAGGACAAUGGUGAGUAAGUGAGCACACACAUACACCCAGAACCCCAUCCUUCCUACCUCUGGUCGGUGCCGUGCUGUGUGCGUUUGCGUGUCAGUCUGGCACCGACCUGAAGCGCCGCGAGGACUUCGUCAUUCAGCAGGCACCCGAGGUGAGUGAGUACGACACACAGCACGACUGGCGUGACAUAACAUCAAUCUUGUGUGUCUGUGUGUUGUGUGGUUUAUGUCCAUAAUCAGUGGAAGGGCACGGCUGCGUUGAUGGCGCUGAUCCAGAAUCCGAUGGACGGCCGGUGCUGGGAGGCCGACCACAUCGUGCCCGUCAGCCGCGGAGGCGGCGAGUGCUCCAUCGACAACCUGCAAACACUAUGCAAGUCAGCGUCGGAGGGAGCUUCACACAUAGACAGACACACUGACAGACCGUCCGUCCGUCCGUCCGUCCAUUGCAAUUCUCACACUUGUUUUUCUUUUGUUCAGGGUGUGUCACCAGCGCAAGACAUGUCGUGAGGCGAAGGAGGCGGCCGCCGCACGCCGCCGCCCCAAGAACCAGCCACCCAUCACCAUCUGGGCACAACAACACGGCCACAACGCCGAUCCACCCCUCCCACCCAAGCAGCGUCGAAGGCGGCCCCAGGGCAGGUCAGACGACCAGCAGCACCAGGCGGCGAAGGGCAAGGCCAAAGGCAAGAAGCGCGCCAGGACCAGUGCAGCCAAGAAGGCCGUGCAGGUUGAUAGCGACUUGGAGUCGGAUGAGGACGAUGGUCAGGCCCCGCGGCCAGCGGUCAUGAUUGAUCUCGCGGAGGACUCCCUGGGGUCGUCGGCGUCGGCCAGGCCCCCACCCCAGAGGAGGACGGUGGGUGUGAAGAAGGAGCAGAAGGAGGACAUGGUCAUCGACCUGCUCUCACAUGGGCCGGCCUCUGCUGCACCGCCCACCAGGCAGAGGAAGAGAGCGACCAAGCGGCAGAAGCAGCAAGGUGGCGAUGGGACAGAGGGAGGGGGCGACGGCGAGAGCUUCCUCUGCGUGCGGUGCGGCGAGAGCUUCUCCACCCAGCACCAGCUCCUGGAGCACACGAUCGACCGGCUCCUCGGCGCAGAUCACCGUAUGCUCAGCGAGCUGGAGGGAGGGGUGAGGGCCCGACCAACACCAACACCAACAGCAAUGGCCGAGCAGCAGCCGUCGACAUCUGUCCGGUCUGGGCAGGUGGUGUGCCCUGUGGCUGGCUGUGGUGUCCGUGGGUCUGUGGAGAGUCUGGUGCGUCAUGCCCUGCCGUCCCACUAUCGUGGUCCGCUCGAGUAUGAGCACCAGCGGUGGCUGGGCAGGGUGGCAUUGGCCUUCAUUGAGGGGAGGAACAAUGAGGCCGUCAGAGAGUUUGUGGGAGGGGGGUAGGCAGCCAGGCGGGCGGCCAGGGAGGGGGGCGUGCGCGCCAUCCUGGUAG